CUUAAGGAAUUAAAAAAAAAAAAAUCCAACGUCAAGAAAAAGACUCGCAUGCAAGAGUAGUUUGACUAUACGGGGAAAAAGUUGGAGAUUGUUAAGAGUCUUCUAGGAAAUUCGAAUUUGCGCAUUUUACGUAGUCAGUGAAGCUUUUCUUUGCCGAUUUGCGUGGAAUGGAGGGUGGUGUUCACGGCACAGAAAAGGCAGAAUUCACAGAAUGCUGGAGAACAACAUGGAAGAGGCCAUACAUUAUGCGGCUUGCAAUGUCCGCCGGCAUCGGAGGCCUUCUCUUCGGAUAUGACACAGGUGUGAUUUCCGGGGCGUUGCUUUACAUUCGUGAGGAUUUUGCAGAAGUUGACAAGAAAACAUGGCUGCAGGAAACCAUAGUGAGUAUGGCUGUUGCCGGUGCUAUAAUUGGUGCUGCAAUUGGUGGGUGGAUAAAUGAUGCCUUUGGCAGGAAAAAGUCAAUACUAUGUGCAGAUAUAGUGUUCUUCGUUGGUGCAAUAGUCAUGGCAAUAUCUCCGGCUCCUUGGGUGAUUAUAGUCGGAAGAAUAUUAGUCGGUCUUGGAGUAGGAAUGGCUUCCAUGACCUCUCCACUUUAUAUCUCGGAAGCUUCUCCUGCUAAAAUCAGAGGAGCCCUUGUUAGCACAAACGGUUUGCUUAUUACAGGAGGACAAUUUUUGUCAUACCUCAUCAAUCUGGCUUUUACUAGAGCUCCUGGAACAUGGCGUUGGAUGCUUGGUGUGGCAGGAAUUCCAGCUUUGGUUCAGUUCGUUUUGAUGUUGUCACUUCCAGAGUCACCCAGAUGGCUCUACAGAAAGAACAAGGUAGAUGAGGCCAGGGCCAUCUUAGAGAAAAUCUAUCCUGCUAACGAAGUUGAAGACGAAUUGAAAGCUUUGCAUGAAUCCGUCGAAGCUGAGAAGGCUGAAGAAGGAGAAAUUGGGGAGGGAUUUAUCACAAAAUUGAAGGGUGCUCUGAAAAACCGUGUGGUCCGAAGAGGACUCUACGCAGGCGUCACUGUCCAAGUGGCGCAGCAAUUUGUUGGCAUAAACACUGUCAUGUACUACAGCCCAACGAUCGUUCAGUUUGCAGGGUUCGCCUCCAAGCAGACAGCUCUAGCACUUUCUCUCAUCACUUCUGGUCUCAAUGUUGUUGGAACCAUUAUAAGUAUGUGUCUAGUGGACAGAUAUGGAAGGAGGAGGCUGAUGAUUGUAUCCCUCUUUGGGAUCAUUGUUUGCCUUUUGGCCUUAUCCGGGGUCUUUUUCCAGGCUGCUAGCCAUGCUCCAGCUAUUGGAAGCUUUGAGUCCUCGCACUUUGGAGGGAACUCCACUUGUGCCGAUUACCUCUCGGCCCCAAAUGCUCAGUCAUGGAACUGCAUGACAUGUUUGAAAGCGGAGUGCGGUUUCUGUUCUAGCCAAGGAAGUGAAUUUAAGCCAGGAGCUUGUUUGGUUACUGAGAGUGGUGUGAGGAGCGCAUGUCGCGGAGAAAGUCGGGUAUGGUACACUGAAGGUUGUCCCAGCAAAGUUGGAUUCUUUGCAGUUAUACUUCUGGGGUUGUACAUUAUAACAUAUGCACCUGGAAUGGGAACUGUUCCUUGGAUUGUGAACUCGGAGAUAUACCCUUUGAGAUACCGAGGGACUGGCGGUGGAAUUGCCGCAGUUUCUAACUGGACAGCCAAUCUCUUGGUGAGUGAGACGUUCUUGACACUCACCAAGGCUUUGGGCUCUGCCUGGACUUUUCUGCUGUUUGCUGGAUUCUCUUUGGUUGGACUUGUGGCCAUCUAUUUCCUAGUGCCUGAAACCAAGGGAUUGCCAUUUGAGGAGGUUGAGAAAUUGCUCGAGCGUGGGUUUAAACCCAAGGCACUUCGUUCCAAGAACGAGAAAAACGGCAAGAGUCAAGCGUCCUCUUAAGGUGUUCAGAACAUUCCUGUAUUAUGAACUGUUUCACCUAGUUAAGGAGCUUUGUUCAGAACUUCAGAGUUUUCUAACGAUAAGCUCUUGUUUAAAGUUUAUUAUUAUGAAUGAAGCUACUAAUAUAUCUUUAGUUAUAUGUUUGUUUAGUUUUGUCACUCAUUGAACUUUUUCAGAAG